AUGCACGAAAUUCAGCCUAUUGCGAAGAUAGAAUUUGGUGAAUCGCCAUAUGGUUCAACGUCAGCACUAGCGCCUGCUACUCCUCCAGUUCCACUGCAAGCACCCCCUGCCGGUCCCCCUUCUGUGGUGGAUGGGUACCGAACCUUGCGCGGAAGUGCGUCCUCGUCGAACCAGCAGAGUCAAGGAGCUCUUAGGUCUUUCACACAACUAGCUGGUACUCCUCCUCCUCCAAAUAGCAGUCAAGGACCGCCUCAACAACAGAUUCGUCCCAUGGUGGUAGCAGCUGGUGGUAGACAGCUGCCUGUCGGUAGAGCCACUGCACAACCAAGAGUCAACGUUACCAAUAUAUAUAGCCCAUAUGCAUCUUGCUCGUCUGACCCAGAAACGGAAAAGAAACAAGCUCAUGCUGAAGUUGGUGACGUUCAUGACAACCCAGCUGCCUUACGAGAGUUGAACGCUCAGAUGGAGAACUUGGAUACGAUGAUAGACGAUCUACAAGCGCUCCAACACGAAUUUGGAGUGGUUUCUUGA